CGCCAUCGCCUGCUGCUUCAGCUUCUGCAGGUCCCUAGUGAUCCCGCCUCUGCGGCUGCCGUCUUCAUCCCCCAUGAUGGAGAGUGUCGGCAUGUACGGGUUCUGUGGCUGCAAAGGAAAGAGCAAGCUGAAGUGUGACUCCAGGUGGGAAAUAGCAGCAGCAGCAGAAACAGCCCCCACAUCUGCAUAUUCCUCUCCAGCCCGGAGUCUCGGGGACACAGGAAUAACACCUCUGUCCCCUUCCCAUAUCUUGAACGAUGCUGACCCUGUCUCUGAGCAGCAGACCUUUCUUGUGGUGGUGGCCAUCGACUUUGGGACCACGUCCAGUGGCUAUGCCUACAGCUUUACCAAGGAGCCAGAAUGUAUCCACGUGAUGCGGAGAUGGGAAGGAGGUGACCCUGGUGUUUCCAACCAGAAGACCCCGACCACCAUCUUGCUGACACCAGAGAGGAAGUUCCACAGCUUUGGGUACGCUGCCAGGGACUUCUACCAUGACCUGGACCCCAAUGAGGCCAAGCAAUGGCUAUACUUGGAGAAGUUCAAGAUGAAACUCCACACCACAGGGGACCUCACCAUGGACACAGACUUAACAGCAGCAAAUGGCAAGAAGGUCAAAGCCCUCGAAAUCUUCGCUUACGCCCUGCAGUACUUCAAGGAGCAGGCUCUGAAGGAGCUGAGUGACCAGGCAGGGUCAGACUUUGAGAACUCUGACGUCAGAUGGGUCAUCACGGUGCCUGCCAUCUGGAAGCAACCAGCCAAGCAGUUCAUGAGAGAAGCUGCCUACCAGGCAGGCCUGGCCUCCCCCGAGAACUCGGAGCAGCUCAUCAUUGCCCUGGAGCCCGAGGCCGCCUCCAUCUACUGCCGGAAGCUUCGGCUGCAUCAGAUGAUUGAGCUCAGCAGCAAGGCGGUGGUCAAUGGGUACAGCGCCAGUGACACAGUAGGAGCGGGGUUUGCACAGGCUAAGGAACACGUGCGGCGCAACCGGCAGAGUCGGACCUUUCUGGUGGAGAAUGUCAUAGGAGAAAUCUGGUCUGAGCUGGAGGAAGGGGACAAGUACGUGGUUGUUGACAGCGGCGGAGGCACAGUAGACCUGACUGUCCAUCAGAUACGGUUACCAGAGGGGCACCUCAAGGAGCUGUACAAAGCAACAGGUGGACCAUACGGAUCCCUGGGAGUGGAUUAUGAAUUUGAAAAACUGCUUUGUAAAAUAUUUGGAGAGGAUUUUAUCGAACAGUUCAAGAUCAAACGCCCGGCAGCCUGGGUUGACCUAAUGAUCGCCUUUGAGUCUCGCAAAAGAGCCGCUGCACCAGAUCGAACCAAUCCCCUGAAUAUCACUCUGCCCUUCUCCUUCAUUGACUACUACAAGAAGUUCCGGGGCCACAGUGUGGAGCAUGCAUUGAGGAAGAGCAAUGUGGACUUUGUGAAGUGGUCCUCCCAGGGCAUGCUGAGGAUGAGCCCGGAUGCCAUGAACGCCCUCUUCAAGCCGACCAUCGACAGCAUCAUCGAGCACCUCCGGGACCUGUUUCAGAAGCCAGAGGUAUCCACGGUCAAGUUCCUCUUUCUUGUGGGUGGCUUUGCAGAGGCACCGCUUUUGCAGCAGGCAGUGCAGGCCGCCUUUGGCGACAAAUGCAGGAUCAUCAUCCCGCAGGAUGUGGGCCUCACCAUCCUCAAGGGCGCUGUCCUCUUCGGCCUGGACCCUGCCGUUAUCAAGGUGCGCCGGUCCCCUCUCACCUACGGAGUGGGUGUGCUGAACCGCUACGUGGAAGGGAAGCACCCUCCCGAGAAGCUACUGGUCAAGGACGGCACACGCUGGUGCACCGAUGUCUUCGACAAGUUCAUUUCCGCCGACCAGUCUGUGGCCCUGGGGGAGCUGGUCAAGCGUAGCUACACCCCAGCCAAGCCUUCCCAGCUGGUCAUCAUCAUCAACAUCUACAGCUCUGAGCAUGACAACGUCUGCUUCAUCACUGACCCAGGGGUGAAAAAGUGUGGCACGCUCCGCUUGGAUCUCACGGGGAGCGGUGGCACAGCGGUUCCAGCCCGCAGAGAGAUCCAGACCAUCAUGCAGUUCGGGGACACUGAGAUCAAGGCCACGGCCGUCGACAUAGCCACCUCAAAAAGUGUCAAAGUGGGGAUCGACUUCUUAAAUUACUAAUGUAACUGUCCCUCCUGGCCACCAGCCCCCUGGGACUCAUCUGCAUUUGCUGACCUCAGCCUUGACUGUUCUGUCCCUGACCCUGACCCUGACCCUUGCCACUGCCCACCCGAAUUUCAGUAGGAAUGAACCAGAGUGAAGAUGAACUAAGGAUUCUUUUUGAGGGUUCACCGGAGCAAGAGAAACCUCAAAAGUCAAUAUCACGACGUGGAAAUAGGAAGUUUGAGGAUCCCCAGAGCAGCCAGCUGGGGUUCCUGGGUUCCUGGGUGGUCAAACAGCCCUUGUGAGGACUGGGUGCAGCCUGCUUGGAAGAGGCCUCUGAAAGGGAAGGCUUAGGACGCCCACUGUGUGCCGGGGGCAGGGUAGGGUGGGGGAAACAUUCAUUGGAGGUCUUUUUAAAUUAUCUUGGAUGGCUGUGAAUAGGAAAUACCAGCUUCCUGCAGAGUCAAUUCCUUCUCUUUAUGGUGGAACUCACAGCGGUGACUCAGUGGCAGCUUACAGUAUUCUUUGUUUUUAAGCUGGUGGGAGAAGACCGCCUACACCAGGCACCCAUGUUCUCAUACAAUUUAGAAUCCAAGGAGGCUCAGUGAAGGCUAGGGCAACAUUGGCUAACUCAACCAGGAUGGGGGUCGGGGUAAGAGUGUGGACGCCUUGAUUUUCCAGAGCAGGUUGAACUUGCUUUGGUGUACUGUACACUGAAGAGUUAGUGACAUACCCCAAAUUACAGCAGUACCCUUUUUUCUGGAGAGUAUACAUUCUGAGACUUCUGAGUGGAUGACCAAAGGGGUAGAUAGUACCAAACCUUAUCUAUACUAUGUUUUUUCUAUAUAUACAGACCUAUGACAAAGUUCAAUUUAAUAAAGUAGUAAGAGAUUAGCAGUAGUAACUAAUGACAAAUUAGGACAGUGAUGAAAACACUUUGAUAAAAUGUAUAUGAAUUUGGUCUAUCUCAGUAUAUCUGAUUACUAUACAACACCGCUGUGCAUUUUUUGGACCCCAGUUAAUUGAAAACCCAGUAAAUGAAAACCCAGAUCAGAAAGUGAUUCUCAGUACAAUGAAACUUGAGUUCAGAGAUCAGGACCUUAGCAGAAAUUUAAUUGGAGAAAAUAAAGUUUCUGUUUACUCUGUUUAUAUCUAUCACCACACCCGGAAAUCCAAAACAGCCUUGCCAACCAUGCCCAUUUUCAGUUAACCCCUUCCUUCCCCCUCUUCUUAAUCCCACCAUAAGGAAAUAUGAAAGGAGGCUCUGUUCCAUGAAAUGUCUCCAUCAAACCUGCAGCUUUUCACAUUCACCUAAAAACAGUAUGUAAACCUAGACCUGAUAAAUGAAGGCAGGCCUGUGGCUCUCCGGCCUCAGAAUCGCCCGGUGCUUGUCAGGAGCAGGGUCCUGAACCUAGUCCCUUUCAGACAGUGCAGACUCUGGGUCUGCAGUCAUAGUGUUGGAAUGUGAGAAUUCCCUCAAAGCUGAAGUGACCACAGACCACAGUGUGUGGCCUUAACGCUCCCUGUCAGAUUUCCCUCAGGGAAGAGUGCCUGCACUUACACUCUGCUCUCUAGGUAAGAGGGUUGGAGGUCCACCUGCCCUCGGAGGCUGUUGCCCUUUUAACCCUCACAGGAAGGAUCAGAGAAGGAAAAAAGACAGCAGGAGAGGAACCACGAAAAAGAAGCCUCCCAAGGCCAGGGUCUGUGUUCCUCCUCCUGUGCAAGGCUAGAAUUGCCAACAUUCAACAUGAGCCAAAUGAGGAUAAAGGAUCAAGAACCUGACUCAGUCCUUCUUAUCUGUUCAGAACUCUCUUUCUUAUCUGCUGGAAUUCAUCCUGAUUUAAAACACUGGAAGCAUGCAUAAUGAAUGGAUGGACAGACGAAUGAAUGGAUGGACAGACAGACGGAUGGAUGGAUGGAUGGAUGGAUGGAUGGAUGGAUGGACAGAUACAGAAUGAGGGAAGGGACUUCAAAUGAAAGUUGGAUUUGGGAACCAUCAUCAUAGCCAAUAUGCAGAUUUUUUUAAAAAAGCAUUUUGACUUUCAACCUAUUGUCUUCUUUUCCACACCGCUUGCCGCAGAACUCCCUGCCAGAAUGUGAAAAAAAAAAUGCUAUCAAACCACAGAACAAGCGAAUGGGAACCCCAAACUGGACGGCAGGGUCUCACAUCCAGACCUCAGGAUGCUUGCUUUCUGGGACUCCUGCUAACCCUGCUCCAGAAGCUCAGGGGUGUUUCCAGCCACAGUCCUCAAAUAGACUUUCGAUUUUGUUAUAAUGGAUAUAAUUUUAUGUACAUAGAACAGGAGAAUCUUGUACAGAAUCUUUAUUUCUACUUGUGCUUGUUUGAAUGGGAAAAUACUCUUAAUUUUGGUUAAUAACGCUGCUGCCUGUAAGCUCCACAGCUUCAUUUCUUAACUGUCCUCACUGGCUGCUGUCUGUGCUGUUCCCCCCGCAGUGGACGACGCAUGCGAGACUGAGCAAUAGACAGAGGUGCCUUGGGUCAGAGCACUCUGAUCACACAGACUACCCAGAUGAACAGCUUCAUCAGACCCCUCCACCCCUGCACACCCCUACCCACAGCUGAACGGUCUGCAUAAAGAGUAAUGUAGCAAUUCUCCCGUCUACACUUUGAGAGCUGAACGUACUGAUUCUGGAAGCGGUGCCUAACAAAACGCUUUGUGUCUGGCAGGGUGGCGUGCUUCAUGAUCAAAGGAACCAAAUACUCCAUGGGCCAAGGUUUCCGUUGGGUCGAAUGAGUGGGAGCCCUUAUUGUACUCAAGCCCUUAUUGUCCUGGCUAACAAAGCACUCCUUACCAUUUGUCUGCCUAUCUCCUUGCCUCCUAUGUUGCUUAAAUGAGCUGAUAGAAAUCUGCACUGUUCGCAAACUGAUGAUGGAGAAAGGGUGUGAUUUCACUGGACUUCCCUUGGGCCCAGAGAUGCAGUCCCAGUAGCCAAACUCUUUUAGUAUAAAGAUCUCCAAUCUAUCCCUACCCUGACUGAAAUAAUCCUAGUAGGAACACUGGACGAGUAGACCUGGAGCACAUUUCCCAGUCUUAGAAAGUUCCAGAUGGUCUGUGGUCUUGACUGAUUGUCCUUUGCAUAGGUUAUCUGGUCACUUAACUAACCUUUCCAGUUACACAGCAGGCAUUCAUAAAUGCAGAGUGACAGGCAGGAGGGAAGAGGUGCUACAGAAGAGGUUCUGGGGAGCCAUGGCUGAGUCCAGGUUACAGAGCCUGCCCUGCCCUUAGAAUGUUACUUAGACCAAGUUUAGCUUUUAGAGUCCAGAUCUGGUUAAUUGCCAGGGUAGCAAAGAAUUGCAUGCACCAAUAUAAACAGGAGUCAAAAAUGCAUUAUUAAUCGAAGAUGAACUUCACAUUGUAGUGUCGUAAUAGUUGUGAUUAGGCUGCGCAGUACGUAUGCCGGGGAAUGGCUUCAGUGGAUGGCUAGUAUAAAAGUUGAUGGCCAUAAUAUCUCUUAACACCUCUCAUCUGCUUGCAAUAUGGAACAAUAUCCUAAGAUCUCAACCACUGGGAGUCUUGUUGACUACAAGAUAGAUCCAAACUUCACAGAAUUCUGCAGCAGUUCACAACUGGACAGCAUUGUGUCUGCAAACUCUUGUCUUCACGGAUUCUAAUAAAGUAAACCUCUCAAUUUCA